AUGAGUUAUCAUUUCGGAAUCGUUCUUCGCUUCGUCAGAUCUAGAAAAAAGACUGCAAAACAGAAUUAUAUGAUCCAGUGUCUCCAACGGUGCUAUUCGUUACGCAAUAGAACGCACGAGCGAACUUACGUGUUCAUCCACCUUGCAAUCCAACUAACAUUAUUCAAUACCCGUUACAAACUGCAUCGCAGGGAGAAGGAAUCACAGAAGGCUAUUUCACUAGAGGUGAAAAGCUCUCAAAAACUUGUACUAGAAAGACGCGUAAGUCGGAUUAUCCCUUUGAUUGUGGAUCGAUUGCUUCAUGGAGCUUCCUAUACAGUUUCACGUUACGAAAUGAAAACUACCACUUUUAUGGAAAAACAACCAUUUCGCUUUGAAUUUGGUCACAAAAGAGUGUCAUGUGUUCAUAGACGAGAACGUGAAAGAGUACACAUCUAUGUAAAUUGCCUCUGGAUGGUUUUGCACGCCUAUGAGAAGGUUGUCAUGCAGAAAGGUCAACAUCGAUCUGCUCUGAAAUAUUCUGCGACCGCUAUCUUUUUACUGGCUGCUUUCUCAACAGUAUUUCUUUUUUAUCAGGAUACACAAGGUGUAAUUUACGCUUCUCAGGCAAUCCCACUCAUUGUUGCAUGGACAAAUUAUUUUUCUAGUAAUCUGAAAGUUCCACUUCUGGAGACGCUGGCAAACUGCACAUACCAAUGCGAGUUCAUUAAUAGAGAAGAGCACAAACUCUACGAUCGCAGCGCAUCGGCUUAUGUCUUACAUGGACGUGACUUGAACAUUUCUGACCUCCCAAAACGAAGUUACCACCAUCUCCAUGUCCUUUUCCUCCUAGAGUCUCCGUACCAUACUGGAUCAGGAAUUCAUAGGGUACCUCCAGACUUUUUCAACGCUACGAUAACAUACAGACGCGACUCACGCUACUUCUAUCCGUACGGACACUUUGAUCCACUGAUAUCGAAGAACCAUAGCAGUGAUAUUGUGACCGAAGAACAGCUCACAGCUGCUGUGAGGAAAAAACACAGAGGAUCCUUAAUAUUUGUCUCCAACUGCCAUACACCUUCAAAACGAGAAAAUCUCAUCAGGGAACUUCGGAAGUUUACAGAAAUAACAGUGCGAGGUGGAUGUCGAAAAGAACUAGAGAACGAAAACGAAGAGUUCGCUCCUUCAUGUGAACCACCGACCUGUAACGAAAGUGACGAUCACCUAAUAGAAACUCAUCGGUUCUACAUCUCCUUCGAGAACAGCAUUUGCAACGACUACAUUACAGAAAAGUUUUUUUCUCGUGUAUCACAACUACUAGUUCCAGUGGUUGUGAAGAGGCACAUCUAUGAAGGUGCUGGGAUCCCUCGUCACGCAUUCAUAGCUGUAGACGACUUCGCGAGCAUCAAAGAGCUAGGAGAUUACUUGAAUUUUUUACGUGCAAAUGAUGCCGAGUAUAUGAAGUACUUUGAAUGGACUGCUAGUUUUCGAAAACCUACAACCUACCGAAGCAAUGCUCUAUGCAAACUUUGCGAAGAUAUCUACAAUGGAGAAAGAUUGGUAAUAAAAGACAUUGCAAAGUACUACGAUGAGAACCAGUGCAUUUAG